ACUAAAUCUCUGAAUACUGUAUACCAGAGUCAAAUUGUUUACAAUCUCCGACAACAGUUGCAAGCAAAGCCAUGGACAAAAAUCAUCAACCAUUUCAAACCAAAGCACAAGUUCUUGCAGAAAAUUUUGUGCAUGAUUCAACCACACUCAUUGACCAAACAGGAAACUCAAACCAGAAACCCGACCAUUGGCCAACAAUUAUCCUCUGCAUCAUCUUCGUUAUCACUGGUCAAUCCAUAGCCAAACUCCUCGAAAACUUCUACUAUGAACAGCUCCAACGAAUGGACUACAACUCAAACCGUCAAAACAAGGGCGUAUGGACUCAAUCUCUCCUCCAAACCGUUGGAUUCCCUCUCCUGCUCAUCCCUUUAUUUUUCUUCACCACCAAGAAACACAACAAUCAACAACCUCCGAUCACCUCCUCCGAUCGAUCCACAAUACUUUCUUUCUCCGGUUGCAUCGGAAUGCUCUUGACGGGUCAUGGAAGUCUCUCCGGUAAGGGAAAGCUCGAUAUCCCCUUUAGGGUAUUCACUCUUAUCUACACAACACAGCUCUUCUUUACACCUGUUUUGGCCGCCUUCAUCAACAAAAUCAAAUUCAACCGAUGGAUCAUCAUCUCCUUGAUCUUAGCAAUCGCCACCGGAACUCUCACUUCCUUCUCCUCCUCAUUCGGCGGCGAGCCAGAUAAAACAGAGGAGAGUUACGCAAAAGGCUCAUGGCCAGCUCUGUUAUCCGGCGUUUACUUCUCUCUCAUUCUCUGUACUAUAGAGAACGUCUUCAGACGUAACGAAUCAACCACUAGAAAACAGAGCUUCUCCUCUGUUUUUCUAGUCGUAAUCUUCUCCUCCUUCGUCGCUACAGUCAUCUCCGUCGUCGGUUUGCUGAUCUACGGAGAGCAAGACGAUUUGAAGAGGGAAAUGAACGGAUUCUUGAAGGGGAAAGGUGCGUACGUGAUGACUAUGGUUGUUCAAGCUGUUUCUUGGCAGAUCUAUUGGGUUGGGAUCGUGGGACUCGUUUUCUCUGUCUCGAGCGUUUUAUCAAAUGUGAUCAGCGUCCUUACGUGGCCGAUAGUGUCGGUUCUAGUGGUGGUCUUCUUCAACUUCAUGGAAGAUAAAUUUGAUGUCUUCAAAGGUUUCGCCUUGAUCACGGCUGCCUUGAGCGCCGCAGCUUACUUCUAUAGGCUUCACAAAGAGAAUCGUAACUAGUGACGUGGAAGUUAAGAUUUCAUGGUAUUAUACUAUUAUUUGUGUGUGUGUGUAAUGUGUCACCUCUAAAUGUAUAUUUUAUUCGUGAAUUGUAAGUCUUUAGCUUCAUGAGAGAACCAUGAUGGGGACAAGCCUUCGUGUAGCCUUUAAGCCUUUUCACGCUUCACAGGGAGAUUUGUUUCUCUCUGCCUCUCUUGUUUGAAGUUUGGUAAUGAUUCGGCUAUAUUGUACGUAAAGAUGACUAAACCAAAAAACAACCUUAUGUGACUCUGUACAGUUAAGACUA